AUGUAUAUUUUUCUAGAACUGACAGAGGGCAGAAAGUGCCUGAAGGACAGUGGAGCUGCCAAGUUUGCGAGGAAGCGCUCAACCUUAUAGUGACGCGAUUGAGCAGACCACUGGAUGAUCUUAAUCGAAUAAUCCCAGAGCUUUUCUGCUCAGAAAGCGAUCAGGAUUGUAACGCAUCAUUCAACAACGUCAUUGAAGUUGGGGGAGCUCUGGGAAAUCUUUUAAAAAAACUGACAUCACCUUCGGUCGUCUGCAGAAGCACACUCAAGUGUUUGGAAUAA